UCAAAUUCGUGCAAAACCAACGUCAAGUCUUUUGACACUAGGCCAAAAAUCUACAGGAUCUUUAAAAAUUCAACGAUCAUCAUCUCUUGGAAAUGACGCUGGACCUUCAUCUGAAAGCAGUUCAAUGUUUUAUGAACUAAUAAAUCUCACUUCUGAGGAAACUUCAUUUUUAAAUAAAAGUGAUAAACAGGAAAUUUCAACAAAGGAUCAAAAUAUUUUUGGAGCAUCGAAAAAUCAAAAUCAGCCUUCUGAUGAUGCGUCUGACUCAAUUGUACAAGAAUACUUCAAAAAAAUUGUUCGUUUAUUUACAAUUAUUCACUAUAAUUUACAAAAUAUUGAUAAAAAAUUGGAUAAUUCAGAAAGAACACAAGUCUCAACAACGGCCAAUGAUUUUACGAUUCUUUCACAUUUUAUUCCUGUAAAUAAUAUUAUGAGCAUUAAUCAUUUUGAGAUGUUAAUUACUACCGACAAUGAUGCUGUUAUUCAAUUUAGAAAAAUGUUAAAUCAAACUGGUGGUCGAUCUGUCAAAGAUUGCAUUUAUAGAUCAUUGAGAAAAAUUUUCACCAAUUCAUGUGCUAUACAAUGUUCUUGGCAGGGAAGAAAGAAUAAUUUCAAAGUGUCAAAUUUGUCAUUUAUGCGCAUUAUGAAAGAAACAUUUUGUACAACUUUUCCACACUUGACUGAGGCAGAAUUUGAAGCUAUUGCCGCUGAAUGGUUUAGAUUUGCAAAACAGAGAUUAACCAGAGAAGAAACAAGAAUGAUGAACAGAACAGAUCCUUUACAAUCCGAUCAAAAUUAAAAUUAAUUAAACAUAAAUAAUAUUCAUUAUUAGUUUAAAAAGUUUUUCAUUAAAAAUUAACUGUGGAGGGGAAAAAAAGAAAAAAAGAACAUAUUAUGAAAAUUUGUUACAUAUAAAAUAAUUUUUUAUAAUAUGAAAAUAUUUUCGUUAUAUAUACUAUAAUUAUAAUUAUUUGGUAUUUUAAUACGUAGCUGAA